AUGGUGUACAUUCGUCAAGACCGGCUUCCCAAGCUCAAGGAAUACAAGUACUCGGGCGUCGACCACAGCUUGUUGUCGCGUUAUGUGUUAAAGCCGUUCUACACCCACGUCGUCAUCAAUUGUUUUCCAAUGUCUAUGGCGCCGAACCUCAUCACUCUGAGCGGCUUCAGCUUUGUCAUUAUGAACCUGUUGACGAUGUUCUACUACACACCUGGCAUGGACCAAGAUUGCCCUUCUUGGGUCUACUAUUCGUGGGCCAUCGGGCUAUUCACAUACCAGACUUUCGAUGCCGUAGAUGGUAGUCAAGCACGAAGAACUAGACAAAGUGGUCCCCUCGGCGAACUUUUUGAUCACGGUGUCGACGCUGUAAACACUUCCCUGGAGGUCCUCAUCUUCUCAGCUGCUAUGAGCUUCGGCCAGGGCUGGAAGACUGUCCUGAUCCUCUUCGCAUCUCUGUUGACCUUCUACGUGCAAACCUGGGACGAAUAUCACACCCACACUCUGACUCUGGGAGUUGUCUCGGGUCCUGUUGAAGGCAUCGUCAUCCUCUGUCUCGUGUACGCAUUCACUGGCUACGUUGGUGGUGGCAGCUUUUGGCACCAAUCCAUGUUCGCUUGUCUGGGCGUACCUCGCCUCGCUACAAUCCCUGACGUCGUCUACGACCUGCCCUGGACGGACUGGUACAUGGUCCAAGGCAGCGCGGUGCUGAUCUUCAACACCGUUCUGAGCGCCAUGAACGUUAUGGCAGCCCGUCGUCUGCGCAAGGAGAAUCCCGUCUUCGCGCUUUACGGUCUGGCUCCCUUCUUCCUUACUUGGACUGUCAUCCCCGCCUACCUCUUCCUUCAGCCCGUCAUCCUGCGCCAGCACCUUGUGCCUUUCGUCCUCUAUGUUGGUCUCGUCAACGCCUACUCGGUCGGCCAGAUGAUCACUGCUCAUUUGACCAAGUCGCCCUUCCCCAUGACCAACGUGUUGGUCUUGCCUCUGCUCUUUGGUGUCAUUGACAGUCUGGGUCCUGUCCUGCAGCAACACAUCGGUCUCGGCUGGCCUAGUGCUCUGGGUGAUGGACAGUACCAGAUUGCCUUCAUGUUCUCCUGCCUGGGUCUUGCAGUCGGUGUGUACGGCAGCUUCGUCGUUGAUGUUAUUGUCACUAUCUGUGAUUACCUUGACAUCUGGUGUCUGACCAUCAAGCACCCUUACGUUCCUGAGACUGAGGAGAAGAAGGUUCGUUAA